AUGUUCCUGACUCACUGUAUGAUGGGAUGGAUUGUGUUGACAGCUCUUAGCUUCUGCCUGCCUGUGUGGAGCGCUACGAAAGUGACCCAGCCCUACAGAGUGGUCAGCACCAAUGGUGUGGCACAGAUUCAGUGUGUUAUUCAUCCACAAAGCCUGAAAUACCCAUACCCUGAGGAGGCCAGAGUCACUGUGCUGAAGGGCCUCCAUGGCCACCAAGAACUCUGCUUCUCCAUCCUUAACUUCACAGACCAGAGAGAGACACGUAUGGAGCAAAAAGAACAGGUGGAGUGUACUGCUGAGACCACACAUGACACUGUGGAGGUGACACUCUCUGGACUGAAUGUCACUGACACAGAUAUGUAUCGCUGUGAAAUACAGAUCUUCUACCCACCACCGUACCUGCGGCUUAUUGGCAAUGGCACACUCAUUCAUGUCCUCGACAGCUCCAGCUGCCCCGUGCAGGAAACUCAGAGGCAAAGUCACCACCAGGGUGAAGAAGCGGAAGAUGAUGAUAACGCAGCACCUGUCAGUGUUCCUGUGGUUAUCCUGGUGAUAGCAAUCAUUUGUGUCUUAAUCAUCAUCAUCUACUUCCAGACUGUCCAAUGUGAACGGGGGAGGAGGCAAAUGUUGAGGCCGUGGCCUGGCACGCUCCAUAAGGUGGACGGAGCUUCAGUUCCAUGUGAAAACAUCGUCUGUAAUAUGUGA